AUGACAGACAAUAACAACAAUGAGCAUCCUUAUGAUGCUGUUCCAUCUACUAAACCAGCAGCAACAACCAAUCCGAUAAAGAAAGUUUCAAUGUUACCACUCGUUUUCCUCAUAUUCUACGAAGUCUCAGGAGGUCCUUUCGGUGCUGAAGGUAGUGUGAAAGCAGCAGGACCACUCUUAGCUCUCUUAGGCUUCAUAAUCUUCCCUUUCAUCUGGUGUAUCCCUGAGGCACUAAUCACCGCAGAGAUGAGCACAAUGUUCCCAACAAACGGAGGUUUCGUCGUUUGGGUCUCCUCCGCUCUAGGACCCUUCUGGGGUUUCCAAGUCGGCUGGAUGAAAUGGCUCUGCGGAGUCAUCGACAACGCGCUCUACCCCGUCCUCUUCCUCGACUACUUGAAAUCCGCAAUCCCGGCUUUAUCCAACGGGCUUCCAAGAGUCGCGUCGAUCUUGAUCUUGACGCUACUGCUUACUUACUUGAACUACAGAGGACUCACCAUCGUUGGUUACACCGCGGUGCUUAUGGGAGUGUUCUCGAUGCUUCCUUUCGCGGUGAUGAGUCUUGUCUCGAUCCCGAAGCUCGAGCCUUGGAGAUGGUUUGAGAUCGGUGAAGAGAGUGUGAACUGGAAUUUGUAUUUAAACACUCUGUUCUGGAACUUGAACUACUGGGACUCGGUUAGUACGCUUGCUGGUGAAGUAGCGAACCCUAGCGAGACGCUUCCAAAGGCGUUGUGUUACGGUGUGAUCUUCGUCGCUCUAUCGAACUUUCUCCCGCUUCUGGCGGGAACCGGGGCUGUACCGGUGAACCGGGAGGUUUGGACGGACGGUUACUUGGCGGAAGUUGCGGGGAUCAUCGGUGGAGGUUGGUUGAGAGUGUGGGUGCAGGUGGCUGCAGCGACGUCGAACAUGGGGAUGUUUUUAGCUGAGAUGAGUAGUGAUUCGUUUCAGCUUCUCGGCAUGGCGGAGAUCGGAAUGCUUCCGGAGUUUUUCGCGAGGAGGUCUAUUCACGGGACGCCGUUGGUCGGGAUUCUGUUUUCGGCUUCUGGUGUUUUGCUUUUGUCUGGGUUGAGCUUUCAGGAGAUUGUGGCGGCUGAGAAUUUGUUGUACUGUGGUGGGAUGGUUUUGGAGUUUUUAGGGUUUGUUGUGAUGAGGAUGAAGUGUCCUGAUAAGUCGAGACCGUAUAAGAUACCUGUUGGGAAUGUUGGUUCGGUUUUGGUUUGUGUUCCUCCGGUUGUGUUGAUCUGUUUCGUUGUUGCUCUGUCUACUGUGAAAGUGGGGUUGGUGAGUUUUGUGAUGGUGGUUGUUGGUUUCUUGAUGAAGCCUUUUUUGGAUUAUAUGGAUCGGAAGAGAUGGGUUAAAUUCUCUGUUAGUUCUGAAUUGCCGGAGCUUCAGCAGCAGGAGAAUCGGGGAUUGGAAGAAUCUUUGAUUCAUUAA